CAGAUGAAUGGCAUGGACACUUCACCGGUCUCGGCGCAGCAGCAAAAUGGCAAUCUGCACAAUUCUGUGCAGACGGGCACCACGACCGAGGACUCGAAGACUAACCUGAUUGUCAACUACCUGCCUCAGACGAUGACCCAGGAGGAAAUUCGCUCCCUCUUCUCAUCCAUCGGGGAGGUCGAGUCCUGCAAACUCAUCAGAGACAAAGUCACUGGUCAGAGCCUUGGUUAUGGUUUCGUAAACUACGUGCGACCGGAAGACGCUGAGAAAGCCAUAAACACUCUGAAUGGGCUCAGACUCCAGAAUAAAACUAUAAAGGUCUCGUACGCUCGGCCGAGCAGUGAAGCAAUCAAGGGGGCGAACCUGUACGUAAGUGGCCUCCCCAAGUCCAUGACGCAGCAGGAUUUAGAGGGGCUUUUCACCCCCUAUGGCCGCAUCAUCACCUCCCGCAUUCUCUGCGACAACAUUACAGGCGUGGGCUUCGUCCGCUUUGACCAGCGCAUCGAGGCCGAGCGUGCCAUAAAGCACCUGCACAACACCAUUCCGGAGGGCGCCUCGGAGCCAAUCACCGUCAAGUUCGCCAACAACCCGAGCAACAACGCCAAGGCCAUCACGCCCCUUGCCGCCUACCUCUCGCCACAGCGAAGAUUCCCGGGCCCCAUCCACCACCCGGCGAACCGCUUCAGCAGAUACUCUCCGCUGGCUGGCGACCUCUUGGCAAAUCCUCUGCUAGCCGGAAAUGCGAUGAAUGGAUCAGGAUGGUGCAUCUUCGUCUACAACCUGGCCCCGGACACCGAAGAGAAUUUGCUGUGGCAACUGUUCGGACCAUUCGGCGCUGUUCAGUCCGUCAAGGUCAUCCGUGAUCUGCAGACGAACAAGUGCAAGGGAUUCGGAUUCGUCACCAUGACUAACUACGAUGAAGCUCUGGUGGCAAUCCAAAGUCUCAACGGCUACACCCUUGGAAACAGAGUUCUCCAAGUUUCCUUCAAGACCAACAAGUGCAAGACAUAAGUUGGUCUAUAAUCACGCUUCGUCGACACCAAAGAAGUGAUCAUUUCCUCGACGCCGGAGUUUUUGAAACCAUUUU